AUGCCUCCACGAGAGCUUUUGUUCUUGCCUUCACUGUCGGUUCUUGCGGCGCCUUUGCCUUUGGAUGCAUUGAUGUUUGGCUGCUCGAUCUUGGAAGGGACCGGUUUACAUCACCGAAAUAGCACCAAGAAACUUGCGAGGAGCUGCUUCUUCCAUGACGCAAUCUUUUAUGCACUUGGAACAUUCGUCUCUUGGCGCAAUUUAGCCAUCUUGGGAUCUAUACCUUCUCUAUUGGUUCUGCAUCUUCUUUUCUUCAUCCCUGAAUCUCCUAGAUGGCUAGCCAAAGUUGGGAGGGAAAAGGAGGUUGAGGCGGUUUUGUUAAGCCUAAGAGGAGCAAACUCUGAUGUAUCAGAUGAAGCAGAAGAAAUAUUAGAAUAUACAGAACGCGUUAAGCAACAACAAGAUAUCGAUGGACAUGGUUUCUUCAAGCUAUUUCAGCAAAAAUAUGCGUUUUCACUUACCGAGAACCAUUGCUGGGAAACAGGAACACCUAUCUUGGCUCUCAUUAGUGUUACGGUGUAUUUUGGAUCAUACGGAAUAGGCAUGGGAGCAAUACCAUGGAUAAUAGCAUCAGAGAUUUAUCCAGUAGACGUGAAAGGAGCAGCGGGAACGGUUUGUAACGUGGUUAGCUCUAUAAGCGCAUGGCUCGUUGCUUAUUCCUUCAAUUUCUUGCUUCAAUGGAGCUCCACAGGAACAUUUCUGAUGUUUGCCACAGUGACUGGCCUUGGAUUUGUGUUCAUAGCCAAGCUUAUUCCAGAGACCAAAGGCAAAUCUUUAGAAGAAAUUCAAUCUCUUUUCACUGAUUCUACAAUUUUCUAG